UUCCGCGAACAUAAGAUUUGUAUUUACUUCCCUUUUUAAUGUUUUUAACUGACAUUUCUUCGUCAAAUGAGGGGUGGCCAUUCAUAUUUGGUUGUUAUAGCAACCGUUUCCACGCUCGUUUGUCCUAUGUGUUGUCAAAGUUUGAGCUUGGAUGAGACUCCGACUAAGUUGAAUGGCUCUGCGGUUGAUUUCGACUCGUUCAGAGAGCAGUUUCACCGCAUGUAUGAAGUCAACAGCGAGGAAUUUAACCGUCGUCAUCUUUAUUUUCAGAAUGCUACAAAGCGGCAUGCAUACCUGAACUCAUUCUCCACAGUACCACAGUCUGCCGAGUACGGCGUCAACCAGUUCUCUGACCUCUCACAGAAGGAGUUCAGAGAGCUCUACCUGCGAGCAAACACUGACAGAGCUCUUCUCUUCUCUGGAUUGAAGACAGAGGGGCUCCCAGCCAAAUUUGACUGGAGGGACAAAGCAGUGGUGGCACCGGUCCAGAACCAACACGCAUGUGGGAGUUGUUGGGCAUUUAGCGUGGUUGGUGCCAUGCAGUCCGUCCAUGCUAUUGGUGGCUCGCAGCUGGCACAACUCAGUGUGCAGCAGGUUCUGGAUUGCUCCUUCCAAAACGAAGGCUGCAAUGGAGGCUCACCGUGCAGGGCUCUGAAUUGGUUAAAGCAAACCAGAGUGAAAUUGGUGCCUCAGUCAGAGUAUCCCUACAAGGCCAAGACAGGAAUCUGCCAUUUUUUCUCUCAGUCACACGGUGGUGUUGCUGUGAAGAACUUUACUGCACAUGACUUCAGUGGUCAAGAGGAGGCCAUGAUGGGUCAGCUGGUGGAGCGUGGUCCCUUGGCUGCUAUCGUGGAUGCUGUCAGCUGGCAGGAUUACCUGGGUGGAAUCAUCCAGCACCACUGCUCCAGCCAAUGGUCUAACCAUGCUGUCCUGGUUGUUGGAUACAACACUGCUGGGGAUAUUCCAUACUGGAUUGUGCAGAACUCCUGGGGAACCACAUGGGGGAAUGAGGGUUAUGUUUAUAUAAAAAUCGGUGGCAACGUUUGUGGUAUUGCAGAUUCUGUGGCAGCAGUUUUUCUUUGAUGAGACUGUGUGUAUAUUUGUCAUUGUAUGUGUUUGUGUGUGCGUUCACUGCUGCCAAAAUUUAAAUCAUCUGUUUGCCUUCAAGUGUCACUUUCAAUGUGUUUUAAUUGAAAUGUCACCAGUUACAUCACUAAAACAAAAUAAAUCACUUUAUAUGCUGAUAAA